AGAAAUGGCGCCUCGUAAGGGCAAGGAGAAGAAGGAAGAACAGGUCAUCAGCCUGGGACCUCAGGUUGCUGAAGGAGAAAACGUUUUCGGCGUCUGCCAUAUCUUUGCUUCCUUCAAUGACACUUUUGUCCACGUGACUGACCUCUCUGGCAAGGAAACCAUCUGCCGCGUGACUGGCGGCAUGAAGGUGAAGGCGGACAGAGACGAGUCGUCCCCCUACGCGGCGAUGCUGGCGGCCCAGGACGUGGCCCAGAGGUGCAAGGAGCUGGGCAUCACUGCCCUGCACAUCAAGCUGCGCGCCACCGGUGGGAACAGGACCAAGACGCCUGGACCUGGCGCCCAGUCAGCCCUGCGAGCCCUGGCCCGAUCUGGGAUGAAGAUCGGCCGCAUCGAGGAUGUCACCCCCAUCCCCUCGGACAGCACGCGCAGAAAGGGUGGUCGCCGUGGACGUCGUCUGUAGACAGCGCUGCACCUCUGGCUAUUAAAGCUCUUUUAAACCCUU